AUGAAGAGAGGGACUCUCGUCAGCAGCGGCUUGGUCUGCGCCUUCUCCUCCCUCAUGCCGGGCGCUCAUGCACAAUUUCCACCGCCGAGAGAGGGCAUCACGGUGGUGCAGUCCAAGUUCCACGAGAAUCUCAGUCUCUCGUUUAAGGAGCCCGGUAUCUGCGAGACCACUCCUGGGGUCAAAUCGUACUCGGGCUAUGUCCACCUGCCGCCCAACUUUCUGGGGAGUGAAGGGCUGCAAGACUUUCCCAUCAACACAUUCUUCUGGUUCUUCGAAGCCCGCAAAGACCCCGCCAAUGCACCGCUCGCGAUCUGGCUCAACGGCGGGCCGGGCAGCUCGUCGAUGAUGGGCCUGCUGGAAGAGAACGGGCCAUGCUUUGUCGGAGCCGACUCCCGGUCGACCUACCUGAACCCGUGGAGUUGGAACAACGAAGUCAACAUGCUGUACAUCGAUCAACCCGUGCAAACGGGAUUCUCGUACGACGUGCUCACCAACGUGACGGUGCAGCUGAGCGAGGACAACCCGUCCACCCCCAUCAUCACGCCCACGGAUUUCGGCGGCGACGCCAUCCCGGCGACCAACUACACGUUCCAAAUAGGCACGGUCGGCAGCCAAAAGUGGUCGCAGACCACCAACACCACGGAGUUGUCGGCGCACGCCCUGUGGCACUUCUUGCAGACAUGGCUGACUGAUUUCCCGCACUAUUCGUCGGCUGACGAUAGGAUCAGUCUCUGGGCCGAGAGCUACGGCGGCCAUUAUGGGCCGGGCAUUUUCCGGUUCUUCCAGACGCAGAACAAGAAGCUAGCCACGGGGAACGGGAGGUUGAAGGAGCGGUAUCCCGGCGCGCGGCGGUUGCAUCUUGAUACGCUGGGUCUGAUCAACGGCGCGGUGGACUGGGAGAUUCUGGCUGAGGCUGGGAUCGAGUUUCCAGUGAACAAUACCUACGACCUCCAACUUUACAACAGCACCUACCACGCCGCCCUCCAACACAACUGGACCCGCCCCGACGGCUGGCGCGACCGACUCCUCACCUGCCGCUCCGCCAUCGGCCCGCACCCCAUUCCCAUCCACACCGACCCCUCCGACCCUCCAGCCCCCCCACCCCUCAACGACACCAUCACCGCCUUCUGCUCCAACCUCAGCCACGAUCUCAACGCCGCCCUCCUCGACACCUUCCCCUCCAUCUCCGGCCGCGCCCAAUUCGACAUCGCCCACCCCCGCCGCGACCCCUUUCCCCCACCCCACCUCUACGGCUACCUCACCUCCUCCUCCACCCUCGCCGCCCUCGGCGUACCCGUGAAUUACUCCGCCGUCUCAGAAGCAGCAAACCAGGUUUUCGAAGAGAGCUUCGAUAUCCUGCGGGGCGGGUACCUCGAGACGCUUGCGGCGUUGUUGGAUGAGGACGUCAAUGACGACGAGGAGAAGGUCCAGGUGCAUUUGGUGUAUGGCGACCGGGACUAUGGCGCGAACUGGCUGAACGGGGAACGGACUAGUCUGGCGGUGCCGUGGCGCGGGGCGGAAGGGUUUGCGGAGGCGCUGUAUACGCCGCUGGUGCUUACCCCGGAUGAAGGCGGGGAUGAGGACGAGGAUGAGACAUCAUUUGGUCUCACCCGGCAAACGGGGCGCUUCAGUUUCACCCGUGUCUUUCAAUCCGGCCACGAGGUGCCCGCUUACCAGCCGGCGGCGGCCCACGCCAUUUUUCAGCGGGCGAACGCGCGGCGGGAUAUUGCGACGGGCCGCGUGCGUGUGGAUGAGGAGUAUACCACCGACCGCGGGUUGCGUGACGCGUGGACGGUGCGUAGUACUGUGCCUGAGUUUCCGCGCCCGCGGUGUUAUGUGCUGGUGCCGGGCAGCUGUGAGCCGGAGGUGUGGCGGACUGUGGUGGAUGGGACGGCCGUGGUGAAGGACUAUUUUGUUGUGGGACGGCGUGGGGAGGAUGGUGGGGAGGUGUAUUUUGAGUAUGAGGAUGACGGGAGCCAGCGGGUUGUGGAGAACGGGAUGGAUAGCGAGGAGCUGUAA